AUGGUCCCCUUUCCUGUGCCCUCUGCUGACCCACCCAGGCAUGCGUCCCAGUGCAACGUCAGCUUAAAGAAGCAGAGGAGUCGCAGCAUCCUCAGCUCCUUCUUCUGCUGCUUCCGAGACUAUCAUGCAGAGGCCCCGCCGGCCAGCAGCCCCAGAGUGCUGCCACCGCUGGUGGAGGAGAAUGGCGGGCUCCAGAAGGGUGGCCAGAGGCAGGUCAUUCCCAUACCAAGUCCACCAGCUAAAUACCUCCUCCCCGAGGUGACGGUGCUUGACUACGGAAAGAAAUGUGUGGUCAUUGACUUAGAUGAGACCUUGGUGCACAGUUCCUUUAAGCCGAUUAGUAAUGCCGAUUUUAUUGUUCCGGUUGAAAUUGAUGGAACUAUACACCAGUUGCUCACACGCAUCAGUCCCAUAGGAGAAAUGAAAGAAUGCAGUGCUUGUCUUAAGCACACCCGGAGGGACAGAACCAGGAUCCCCAGACACCUCCAGUGUCGCCGUAGGAGGUCAGGGGUUCCGAGCACUUCCAGGGGCCCCGCCUUUAUCACGGCACUUGUUGUCCAGUACGCAGACCCUGUGGCUGACCUGCUGGACCGCUGGGGCGUGUUCCGGGCCCGGCUCUUCAGAGAGUCAUGCGUGUUCCACCGGGGGAACUACGUGAAGGACCUGAGUCGCCUUGGGCGGGAGCUGAACAAGGUGAUCAUCGUGGACAACUCUCCAGCCUCGUACAUCUUCCAUCCUGAGAACGCAGUGCCUGUGCAGUCCUGGUUCGAUGACAUGACAGACACGGAGCUGCUGGACCUCAUCCCCUUCUUUGAGGGCCUGAGCCGCGAGGACGACGUGUACAGCGUGUUGCACAGACUCUGCAGUAGGUAGCGGCGGCCUCGAGGGACCUGCCGGGCCCAGCCCCUCAGGUGCAGAAGUGACGCCUCCGCCCAGGGUCGCCGGUGAACGGUGCUGUGCCGACCUGUCGCUGUUGUUCUUUUUUUCCAAGAACAGAAACAACAACGACGACGAUUUUGAAAAGAACUCUUUUCAUGGAAUUUCAUAAAGGGACAUGCAUUUUACUGGAUUUGCUUUUCUUAAGACAUACCAAAAAGGAGAAAACAACCACAAAAAAAGCUUGCUAUCCACAGACUUCCUUUCCACGGCCCUCUCCUUCAGGCAAACACCGUGCCCUGCUCGCCCUGCUCCGGGCAGCUGGCACAACUCAGAACCUCUUUCCUACAGGAUGAAGUGCCUUUCUGAAUGCUAUUUUAAAGCCAAGAGUUCGUUUUUCUAUACAAUGUAUUUCCAGACAUCUUUUAGUCUUUUAUUGUCUUUGAUGCUCGAAGGAGACAAACACAACCAUUUUCUAGAACCUCGUGUUGGGGGGUGGGGAGGAAGAGGACAGAAGUCAUAGAGGCUGUCCCCCAGCAGGUGUGGCUUUGCUUUGACAAACAGCUCCUGGUGGGGAGUUUUUUGAGCCUGCCGCUGUCGCCACUGUGAAACGGAUCUGCCACCGCGUGGCUCAGUAGAAAAGGAGAGGCUCUUCUCUAGUAUUAUGAUGCUUAGUUCCUGAUGGCAAAAAAUGUGUGGUGGGGUCACCUGGCCCCCGUGGAAAGUGACAUCAUGUCACUUCAGAAAUUCACAAGACUGCCGUACUUCUGUGCCGGUUUGUCGGUUUGUCUUUGGGUUUGCCAUUGUGCUUGCCAUUGUCUUGGGUGGAGCGGUGACAGGCAAUCCGAAACCCCUAGGAGACAGAGAGAUAGAGAUCAUCUGUUUAUUGAUGUUUAGACCUUUGCUUUCCAAAAGCUGGAGACACAUGGAGCUGUUGGGGAAUGUUCUUUGCUGCUACCGAGCUGCCACCAAAUGGAACUGACCAGAGGCUGUAAAACUGUUCUUUGCCACUGUGCCUAUGCUCAGAAUGUGCUCACUGCUCAGCUGCACACCUGGACAGGGUCGGGACAGAGGGAUCCCGUUCCGUUGCAGGCUGCACCGGCCCGGCCCUUCUUCCUGGCACCGGGCAGGGGAGGACCCAGAAGGACACAAAGACAAAGGUCCCCAGUGUGUGGUGCGGGUGUGGCGUGAGUUGCAAACUGCAGUCAACAUCAGAUCCUGCGAUAAGCUGAUGGUUCUCUUUCUUGAGAGCCUGUGGCCGCAGCAAGGCCUGAAGCUACUGUGGCCCAAGUCCAUCUUUGGACUUCUCCUCUGAAGCACAGCCGGUUUCUGAGCCAAGGAGUGAGGAAGCCCGUGCAGAUGUGGAGUUCCUCGCCCAUGCUGGGAGGGGGAAGGGCUCCCACCCCUGAGCCGGGGAUCCCUGUGCAGCCUUGUCCAGCAAGGGGUUUUCAGCAGUGCUAUGGUCCUCGUUGGACAAGACAGGCUGUACAGUGUGGGUUUUGAAAACCACAAAACACGAGCCCUUUCGCAUGGGCACUAACCGAUGCCUUAGUUCCCCGUGGGCGGGUCCUCAGCCAGCGCUGUAGCCGACCCUGGAGGAGCGGCUGGCACUAACCAGACUGGAAACAUGGGGUCAGAGUAAACGUUCUGUUUUGCUUCUAUUCACAACAUAACAAGGCCAGCUGCCAAUCAUGUCCUCCGGACAGCACCCUGGGCUGCAGGCUGCUGUGCAUUCAGAUGAGAAAUGAGUCUUCAGGGAUUACCAGGUCCCCCAGUAUUCUAAGUGUUCAAACCCAGGAAUUCACAUGCCAGUUAAAAUGGGGACGGUCCCUUGCUGGGGCACGUCCACAGAUGACAGUUAAUGGCAGAUCUGUACACGCCACACAACUUCAUUUGGAAAACCAGUCAUUAAAUGAACCGCCGCCUUAAAUGUCUUGAAUGUUGCAGUCGCGUGUCUGCCGUGUGUUGAAAUCCACACAGCCACGGGCCUGGGCCCUCACCCCCGCUCCCUUCUCCGUUGGCGUCACAGGUCCUAUUUGGAAUAGGGGCAGAAACUAUUCAAAUUCUAGAAUAUUUCCGAGGAAUUCAAUGUAGGAACCGUGUUGCACCUCUGACCAAUGGAGUGAAGACACUUUGCAGGCUUGAGCCAGACGUCUCACGUAGUUCCCCACACUGUGCACGCCAUUGUACCAACCCACCUCAGACACAGACUGGCCCUCAGGGCCCCAGCAAGCCUUCCGAGGGUUCUGGAAACUGUGCACUUUAUGUGACCACACUCCAAAUUCCAUUUUUUUUAAAAAUUAACCCUCCGUUUGACUUUAUGUACAUAAUCAAAAAUAUCGAUCUCUACAUAUAUAUUUUUUUAAUCAUCUACAUAUAAAUGAAGCAAUAGAAUUCUAACACAAGACCAAGAAAUGAGAUGAAUGUUUGGGGGUUAUUCUUAAUGCUUUUUUAAAAAGGUAAAUACGGGUAUUGUUUCUAAUGAUCACCUUUUAUUAAAUUGUGGGCUUUAAAUCCUCA